GUAUAAAAACCCGGGAAGUCCUGCAACCACUACAAUCUCUCUCAAUCUCUCUCUCUCUCUCCCCCCGUAUCUCUCACUCAAACACACGCAUCGAUUUCUGUUUGUGUAAAAAGGGUGAGAAGAUUUGUUGGUAAUGGCGGCGAUAAAGGGGUUGUACGGAUCAGUAGACGAGUUUCUAGAGCAGUGUAAGCAGUCAGGUGACUCUGCAUACACUGCUCUCAGAUCACUUCUUGAGCGUCUCGAGGACCCGAAUACCCGGACCGAAGCUCGGAUCUUCUUCGCGGGUCUCCAGAAAAGAUUCCAAUCCAAGGAAUCUAUCGAUGAAUGUCUUGACAAUUAUCAUUUUCGAAUCCAAGAUAUCUUCAUUGAGCAACAUCAAGAAGGUUACCAGAAGACUAAAAAGUUGACAAUGAUGGUAAUUCCUAGCAUCUUUAUGCCGGAGGACUGGUCCUUCACUUUCUAUGAGGGACUAAAUAGACACCCUUCAUCUAUGUUUAAAGACAAGACAGUUGCUGAGCUUGGUUGUGGAAAUGGAUGGAUUUCCAUUGCUAUUGCUGAUAAGUGGGCUCCUUCAAAGGUAUAUGGUCUUGAUAUAAAUCCAAGGGCAGUCAAGAUUUCUUGGAUAAAUCUAUAUUUGAAUGCCCUAGAUGAGAGUGGUCAGCCUAUUUAUGACGACGAGAAGAAAACUUUACUCGACAGAGUCGAGUUUUAUGAGUCUGAUCUUCUGGGGUACUGCAGAGAUAAUCACAUAGAACUAGAACGCAUUGUUGGUUGUAUACCACAGAUUCUCAAUCCGAAUCCAGAUGCAAUGUCCAAGUUAAUUACGGAAAAUGCAAGUGAAGAAUUUCUACAUUCUUUGAGUAACUACUGUGCACUUCAGGGUUUUGUUGAGGAUCAAUUUGGCUUAGGUUUGAUUGCCAGAGCAGUUGAGGAAGGAAUUGCUGUAAUCAAGCCUAUGGGGAUAAUGAUUUUCAACAUGGGAGGCCGUCCAGGACAAGCUGUUUGUAAACGCUUGUUUGAAAGGCGAGGGGUCCGUGUUGACAAGCUUUGGCAGACGAAGAUUCUUCAGGCUGGUGACACAGAUAUAUCGGCUUUGGUUGAGAUUGAAAAAAACAGUCCACAUCGUUUUGAGUUUUUCAUGGGGCUGGUUGGCGAUCAGCCUAUAUGUGCUCGAACAGCAUGGGCUUAUGGCAAGGCUGGUGGCAGAAUUUCUCAUGCUUUAUCAGUAUACAGCUGUCAGCUUCGUCAACCAAACCAGGUGAAGAAAAUUUUUGAGUUUCUAAAAAAUGGCUUCCAAGAGAUAAGCAAUUCUUUGGAUCUAUCCUUUGAAGAUGAUUCUGUUGCCGAGGAGAAGAUUCCAUUUCUUGCUUAUCUUGCCAGUAUACUGAAAGAAAAAUCAUUUUUCCCGUAUGAACCACCAAGCGGAAGUAAACAUUUUCGCAGUCUCAUCGCUGGAUUUUUGAAAGCAUAUCACCAUGUCCCUCUUAGUGCAGAGAAUGUUGUUGUGUUUCCUUCCAGAGCUGUGGCUAUCGAGAAUGCUCUUCGAUUAUUCUCACCAAGGCUUGCAAUAGUUGAUGAACAUCUGACCCGAUAUUUGCCUAGGCAGUGGUUAACAUCACUAACAAUGGAGAAAAAGGAGACUGAUAAGCCUUCUGUUGAUGCAAUCACUGUCAUUGAUGCUCCACGCCAAUCAGAUUUGAUGAUAGAACUGAUAAGGAAGUUAAAGCCCCAGGUGGUAGUUACUGGGAUGGCUCAAUAUGAGUCUGUUACUAGUUCUGCUUUUGAGCACCUCUUAGGCACUACUAGGGAAAUUGGUGCUCGUCUUUUUAUAGAUAUAUCAGAUCAAUUUGAGUUAUCCAGUCUCCCUGGUUCAAACGGUGUACUGAAGUACCUUGCCAAGACUGUACUUCCUCCCCAUGCUGCUAUUAUAUGUGGCUUGCUGAAAAAUCAGGUUUAUUCAGAUUUGGAAGUUGCUUUCGUGAUAUCAGAGGAGGAGAGCAUCUUUAAUGCACUAUCCAAAACCAUGGAAUUGUUGCAAGGGAAUACUGCACCAAUUAGACAAUACUAUUACGGUUGCUUAUUUAAUGAGCUUCUAGCCUUUCAACUCCCUGAUCGACAUCCACCUGCGGAGAGGGAUGUUGAGACAGUAAAAGCCAGUAAUGUGAUAGGUUUUUCAAGUUCUGCCAUCUCAGUUCUUAAUCAAGCAGAGUUGUCAAUCAACGACAUAGAUCAUUCUAACCCUAUUCACAUGGAUGUGGAGCAAAGCUUUUUACCUAUGCCUACUCCAGCCAAGGCUGCAGUCUUUGAAAGUUUUGCAAGGCAGAAUGUAUCAGAGGCUGAAACUGAUGUGACACCUAGUAUUAAACAAUUUAUAAAGACUAGUUAUGGUUUCGUUACUGAUAGCAACUCGGAGAUCUUGUACGCAGAUUGCCCGUUAGCUCUUUUUACCAAGCUUGUUCUCUGCUGCAUAGAAGAAGGUGGAACUUUGUGUUUCCCAUCAGGCUCCAACGGUGACAAUCUUUCUGCAGCUAAAUUUCUGAAUGCAAGUAUUCUUACAAUCCCUACCUCCUCUGAUAUGGGGUUUAAGCUCACAGAGAAGCAACUUACCAGUGUACUUGAGACUGUGAGUAAGCCGUGGCUGUAUGUAUCUGGUCCAACGAUCAACCCAACUGGCUUGCUCUACAGCAAUGAAGAGAUAGAAAGCAUACUAUCUGUCUGUGCUAAAUUUGGAGCAAGGGUUAUACUUGAUACUUCAUUUUCAGGUCCAGAAUUCACCUCCAAACCCCAUGGGAGCUGGAACCUGGGGACCAGUAUAGCAAAGUUGAAUUCUGCAAACUCAUCUUUUUGUGUGUCUCUCCUUGGAGGGGUGUUUUUGAAGAUGCUUACCGGAGGUCUUACUUUUGGGUUUUUGUUUCUAAACCAGCCGUAUUUGGUUGAUGUAUUUAAUAGCUUGUCUGGCAUAAGCAGGCCUCACAGCACUACAAGAUACACGGCAAAGAAGUUGCUCUCUCUUAAAGAGCAGAAAGCAGGAGACUUAAUUGGUGAAGUUACAGAACGUGAAACUAUUUUGGGAAGUAGGUCAAAACGUUUAAAAGAGACCCUUGAAAAAUGUGGAUGGGAGGUAGUUGAGGCCUGUGCUGGUAUCUCCAUGGUAGCAAAGCCGUCUGCAUACUUUGGUAAGACUAUCCAACUCAAGAAAGACGCUGGUGUGUGGGAAGCCCAAAUAGAUGACUCCAACAUAAGGGAAGCUAUGCUGAGGGCCACAGGGCUAUGCAUAAAUGGUGCUUCAUGGACUGGAAUUCCUGGAUAUUGUCGUUUCACAAUCGCCUUGGAGGAGAAUGAUUUUGGUCGUGCCUUGGAUUGCAUUGUUAGCUUUGACAAACUUAUCAGGAACUGAGAUCCCGUGUUGAAACUUCUAUCUAAUAAUAGUCUAAUGCUGCUGAUCACUUGGCCCUUCUCAGACGUCAGACAUUCAUUGAGGUGUUUAUCAUCUGAAUUUUCCAUUGUAUACCAAAUUACUAAAUCAAAAAUAUUGUUUCACGCUUGUAUUUUUGAAAAGGCUGUUACCGAGUUCCUUAAGAACCAAGAAUUUUUAGCAGUUGUUCAACAAAGUAACGCUUCUGAUGUUAUAGAAAAUCAUACUCUUUUAUUUUCUGAGCAAA